CCUUCCUCUCUGGUACUGCAGCGCCCCCCAGCGGUGUAAUGGAGUCAUGGUUACUUUCUAUGAUGUCAACCGAGCCUACAGUGUGGUUUCCAAUGAAGCAGCGAAGCCUUAGCAACACACUUUGAUAAUAAAUAAACACAGUUAAAGUUUAUACAUAUCAUUAAGUCACUAAAAAGUUUCUCCAGGAGCAACAUAAUUGUUUUUUUCUCCAAAAUUUUCGCGCGUUACUGCGGGUGCCUGGUUGAACGGAGGAGUUUAGGCGGGUAUUGAAGGGACACAUCAAUCCAAAGACCUGUCUGCCUCCCAAGUAGGUGAUUGAGAUGGCGUCCUCCAAAAAUAAGGGAUUCCUCUGGAAAAAGCCCAACUCAGAGCUGCGCAUGAUUGUGAGCAGUCUGAAGAAGGAGAAUGCCUAUCUGAAGAAGACCCUGGUUGAGUUGUCUCGUCAACAUUCAGAACAUAAUAAGCUCGUAGAGAGAUUCCUCUCUCUUGAAACUGUUAGGCUGGAGAGUAGUCAGCAGCUGACGGGCGAAGACGAGCAGAUCGCUUCGCCGCCAGAGCAGCUGAGUAAGAAAGAAGGGAAGCUGUCGGACGUAGUGAGUAUGAGGAGAAAGAGAAGCAUGUCCAGUUACUGCAGAGAGAUGGAAGAAGUCAAGAACAAGCUUGUGAGCGUCUCAACUAGGUGUCAAUAUCUCGAGAACAAAGUUGCAGGGAAGAAGGACUCCACUUCAGACGAACUGUCUUCGACCGACAACGUAGUAGAGCUCCAAAACCACCUCUGUGAUGCCUUGGAGAAGAACAAGCAGUGGCUGGAAUAUGACCAGCAGAGAGAGGCCUAUGUGAGGGCAAUUCUGGCCAGAAUGUUAUGGCUGGAGACGCAGCUGAACGAAGCCAAUCAGGCCCGCUCACAGCAGCACAAUGAGGACCAUUCAGAUGUGAAGGAGCAGAUAAGCCAGAUGCAGGAGCACUAUGAGGGAUUCCUACAGAAAGCCAAAGACGAGCUGGAGGUGCUCAGGGAGCAUGUCGACAUGACCCAGCAGAACCUGAUAAUAGCCCAAAACAGGUGGGAGGACAAGGAGAGUGAAGUGGAGGAGCUCAAGCUACAGCUGCAGGCUGAAAGAAUGAGCAGAAAAAGUGCACAGGAAGAACGUUGCUCUGAGGAUGACGAGCAAAGACAUAGGUAUGAGACCGAAGAGCUUCUGCACAAACUGGAUGAGGAGAAGCGCAGGUCAGCUAACGUUGAGCUGCAGGCGAAUAUCUGUCAGAAGUUUAUGUUAAAUAAUCACCAUGCAGACCAGGAAAAGAUUGCUGACCUGGAACGACAGAUCAAGAUUUCUUCACAAGACCUGGAGGAUGAGAGGCAGGAUUGUUCAUAUUUAAAGGAGCAAAUGGUCAGAGUUCUGAAGAUGCUGCAAAAAACUAAACGCCAUGUGAUAAAAAAGUCAAAGAGAGACCAGCAGAGUCACAGCUCAUUUGAGAUGGCACACCCACCCUCCUUGCCCUCCGGACAAAUCCGGAUAUCCUCCCCUCACAGCAGCUUGCUGAAUGAAAGCUUCCUGGAGUGUCCCAGCUGCCAGGCCGAGUAUCCUGUCAGUCACUACAGAGAACUACUGAACCACCUAGAAAUCUGUGUAGACUGACCUGAGGCGAGAACUUCUUCAGUUCUGUAUCUUCUGUAAUGUGGAUUUUACCUUCACUGUGUAACCUGUGGUACAGUUAAUCUUAAUAAACUACAGUGUUAAGUUGG